AGGAAAUGGUUUCAAUGGAACGGAUGUGAAGGCGGAGUCUGUCUUUUCUUUCGGGACUUUAGGCUGAGAGUCGUAGGUUAGAAUAUAACGAUACCUCCCAAAUCUACAAUUCAACAGACUAGGGAUAAACAUCUCAUCUGGUUAAUUUGGCCUGAACUCUGCAAACGACCGACCGUAAACAAUGAAUCAGGAAACAUCUGUCCCGUCCUCUCUCUCCCUCCAACCCUCUUCCCCCCUUCCCCUCCCGGUAACCCCGGGUCGUACCUCUCCCGGUAACACCUUACUGCUGGGUCUGAAGAGGCUGUCUGUGCUGCUGGUCGACUGCAGGAAAACACCAGAGCUAAGGGGCAGUCCUAACCGUCACUCUCUCAGUAGAAGGGGCUUGUCAACUUGGGAGGCUAAACAUCAUGAUGCUGAGGAGGCAGAGAAAAGUCUCUCCAGAUCAGAACACCUCAAGAAACACCAGCAGAGACCCACAAGGAAGAAAUCUCACUGCUGCUCUGACUGUGGGAAGAGUUACACCUCUAAAGUAAACCUUAGAGGACACCAAGAGAAUUCAUACUGGAGAGAAACCUCACUGCUGCUGCCCAGUGUGGCGCGCAGCCUCUGCACUGGCCAGUGCACUAGAAGGACACAUGCGGAUUCACCUUGGAGAAACCGGUACCAGUGCGUCAGAAUGUGGGCAGAGAUUUAA